AUGAACACACGUCUUGAAUACAUAAAGCACACGUUAUUAUCCGUUUCUAAAGAUCUGUAUUACAUUUCGGAAAGUGACGAAUCUUUUGAGUUUGUAUACUUUCCUAAUGUACCUCGUUUACCCUCAACCGCGCUAGAAUUUGCUUCUGAGGUUUUGGGACGCGAUGUUUCGAAUUUAGAAAAUUUGCCUCAACCCCAAGUUAUUGAAUUUGAUGAAUUUUUCACGAAUUUAAUUGGAAAUGAAAAUGAAGUUUCAUGGACCACCACGAACAUCAACAACAAAAUAAUUGAUCCAAAGUCGAUUCUCAAAGAAAAUCUAAAGGUUUAUCGUGUACCUCGCGAUUACUCGAGAGUUGAUAUUUACAUUGUAGGAUUAUUUGAGGGUGUGGGUGUGAUUUUUGAGUUUAUAGUUUGUCUUCGUGAGAAUGGCCGCGCAACUACUAAAGUUAGUACAAUUCCAUACGAUGCCACAGACGCCGACUUGGAGUCCUUUUUCUCCUCAGUUGGGCCUAUACGCUUAUGCUUCGUUGUCAAAGAAAAACCUGAUACUACCAAUAAUAAUAAGGUUUCAAACUUAAAGAAUAAAGGAUAUGGGUUUGUCCGGUUUGCGUUACAAGACGACGCUGACCGAGCUUUGACCACGUUGAAACAUACAAAAUUUCGUGGAGAACGCACCUUAAAAAUGCAAUAUGCGUUGUCAAAACAUCCCAGGAAACGAAAAAUGAUUAAAAAUAUAAAAAGUAAAAGUGAGGAUCAUUCAGAGGAGAAAAAAGGAGAAUUAGUAUAUAAUGAGUCAGAUGAUGAAGAAAGCAUUGAAAAUUCAGGGGUGGAAAAUGAUGUUGAUUCUGAGCAGGAAGAGGAGAUAAAAGAAGAGUUAGUAUAUAAUGAAUCAGACGAUGAAGAAAGCAUUGAAAAUUCCGAGGUGAAAAAAGAAGAACUUGAAUCUGAUGUAGAUAUUAUAUUGGAUAAUUCGAUUAAAGACAAAAAAAAAUCGCCUUCUGCAUCUGAAGGGACUACUUUAUUUAUAAGGAAUCUUCCUUUUGAGGCGACUAAAGAGGAAUUACAUGAUCUAUUUUCUUUAUUUGGACCACUAAGAUAUUGUGUCUUAACUAUGGAUAAUGAUACAGGACGUUCACGUGGCACGGGAUUUGUGUGUUUCAAGGAACUAAAGGAUGCAAAUUAUUGUCUUGAGGAGGCUGAGAAAUUACAAAUGAAUAACGAACGCACUGCUAUUACUGCUUCAGAAAAAAAAAAUAAAAGACGCAACGAAUUGCAAUUCAGAUCAAUAUUGAUGCCUGAUUCUUUUGAUCGACAAGCAGAAAAAUUCACAUUACAUGGCAGAGUUUUGUCGGUAGUGCGAGCAGUUGAACGAGACCAGGCUAAAAAAUUGAAAGAACAAAAUCAAGAUAGGAGGAAACGCAGAGAAGAUCGAAGAAACAUUUAUUUAAUGAAAGAAGGAGUGAUAUUACCUGACACACCUGCCGCGGCCACCCUUAUUCCCUCGGAAGUUGCAAAACGUGCUGCCUCAUAUUCGUUCAGAAAAAAUUCACUGGCGAAAAAUCCCAAUCUUUCCCUAUCCAAAACACGAUUAUCGAUUAGAAAUCUUCCACUCUCAGUCGAUGAAAAACAAUUAAAAGCUCUAGGUAGAGAAAGCAUAAUAAAAUUUAGAGAACAGGCCAAAAUUGUAUGCUCAAAAUAUAGAAUAGACUCGAACACAUUAAAGCUACGUUCAAAAGGAUACGGUUUCUUGGAAUUCACGCAUCACGCUCAUGCAUUAGCUGCCUUACGAUAUCUUAAUAAUAACCCGGAAUUGUUUAGCGAUAAAAAGAGAUUGAUUGUAGAGUUUGCGGUUGAAGAUAAUAUUAUUCUAAAAAAGAGGUUAAUUCGUGGUACAAAUCCUGGAUCUAAUAAUAUUACUUCCACCACUACUGCUAACAAUAAUAACAAUAAACAUAGUCGAGACAGGAAAAAUUUGAAAAGAAAGACCGGGGAUGAUACAUCGAGCAGAGCAAAUAGUAGCAAUUCAAAGAAGACAAAAAUCUCUAAAAAAUUUAAUAGCAAAAAAAUUCGCAUUUUUAUUUAG